AGAGAGAGAGAGAGAGAGAGAGACGUGUGCACACUACAGUCACUUCUUUGUAACAUCCAUUCAGUUCAUUUAUCAGCGAUCUGAACUGCGCGAGCUGAACUCCACCAAACGACUCUAAUAUAAGACGACAAUUUAUACUGCUUCCAACAAAUGGGCGAAGCAUUUGAGUAAAGAUUUGGGUUUGCGAACAACAUCCUCGACAAUAAACAAGAACAAUAACAGGGAAACACCCAUCAGGGAUAUCACAAAUCUUUUUGUGAAAUCGACAGGAAUUCUUGCAGAGGAGCUGAGGUCUGUGAGCAGGACGCUGUCAGAAUGAUGACCCAGGAAGACGGAGAGUAUGAAAACAGCACUUAUGAAUACAUGGACUAUGGAUACGUGGAGGAGGCCAAGGCUGGAGGCUACGCUCAGAGAGAAGCUCUUCACAUCAUAUCAGUGAUCAUCUACAGCCUGGCGUUCACUCUGGGAGUCAUCGGGAACGGCCUGGUCAUCUGGGUGACCGGUUUCAAAAGCAAACGGACCGUGAACAGCGUUUGGCUGCAGAAUCUGGCCAUCGCUGACUUUGUGUUCGUGCUCUUCCUGCCGUUCUCCAUCGACUACGUGCUGCGAGACUUUCACUGGCUCUUCGGGAAGACCAUGUGCAAGCUGAACUCGUUCGUGUGCACCAUGAACAUGUACGCCAGCGUGCUGUUUCUGACCGUCUUGAGCUUGGAUCGCUACAUCUCACUGGCCCACCUGAGCUGGUCGGAGAAGUACAGAAACGUCCGGAGGGCCUGGUGCGUGUGUGCGCUGAUUUGGAUCACGUCCUGCUGUCUAAGCUGUCCGGCAUUGAUUUUCCGUGACGUGUUCCAGCACAAAGGGAAGGUUGUGUGUUUUAAUAACUUUCACGAUGAGAGCAGGCACAUGAUAGUGGUGAGGCACAUCGCGAUGGUGUCGAUGCGCACCGCAGUGGGCUUUCUGCUUCCGUUUGCAACCAUCACCAUCAGCGGCGUUCUGCUGGCUAUUAAGAUGCGCCAGUCCGACUCGGUGCGCGUGAACAGCUUCUCCAGAACCGUCUCUGCCGUGAUUCUUGCUUUCUUCUUGUGUUGGGUGCCGUUUCACACGUUCAGCCUGAUGGAGCUGAGCAUGCAUCACACCAACUACCUGCACUCCGUGCUCAUCGUGGGCUUCCCGCUCGCCACCAGCCUGGCCUUCUUCAACAGCUGCGUCAACCCCAUCCUGUACGUACUGCUAACCAAGAAGGUGCGUAAACUGGUGAGGAGGUCGUGUUUGAAGUUCACCAAGAGCUCGCUGAGGGAGCUGAGUCAGUCAGUGUCUGCGACGGAGUUAGACUCGCCGCUGCCCAGCUGCUCACCUGAAGAAACCACGGCCAACUCCUACGUCUGAUCACCCCUGAACUCCUGAAGUGGAACUGGACUCAAGUGGUUGGGAAAUACUGGCUUUCAUUUCUUAUUUAGCACAUUGCAGUAAAUGUGUAUUUAAUGCAUCAUCUAUUUUAUGUCGUACUGUUAAAAAAAAACAUAUAUAGUUUUACCUGUAACCAUAAGAAAAGAAUUAAUAGACUUUUCUCUGCAAAGUGUUUUCUGCACAUCUCUGAGAGUAAGAUGAGGGAUAUUUCAGCUCUGUUUGAAAGGACUUUGUUUAAAUUGAAAUGCAUUUUAUGUAUUAUCACGUCGUUUGGAUGCACUCCAAUGAAUCAAUAAAGUCGCUAAUGCUAA